CAAUAUACCAGACACGUGGGAAUCAGUUGCAACCUCUCAAACAUGCAGAACAGUCACAGCGGAGUGAAUCAGCUGGGUGGUGUGUUUGUGAAUGGCAGACCACUACCAGACUCAACCAGACAGAAAAUAGUGGAACUGGCUCACAGUGGAGCACGACCCUGUGAUAUUUCCCGGAUUUUACAGACCCAUGCAGAUGCAAAAGUCCAAGUGCUGGACAAUCGAAACGUAUCAAACGGAUGUGUGAGUAAGAUUUUGGGAAGGUAUUACGAGACUGGAUCCAUCAGACCUAGGGCUAUCGGGGGUAGCAAGCCAAGGGUGGCUACUCCAGAGGUCGUUAGCAAAAUUGCUCAGUAUAAAAGAGAGUGUCCGUCCAUCUUUGCCUGGGAAAUUCGAGACAGACUUCUGUCUGAGGGCGUUUGUACAAACGACAAUAUACCUAGUGUAUCAUCAAUAAACAGAGUGCUGCGCAACCUGGCGAGCGAAAAGCAACAGAUGGGUGCAGAUGGCAUGUAUGACAAGCUGAGAAUGCUGAACGGGCAGACAGGGACCUGGGGGACACGGCCUGGGUGGUACCCGGGCACAUCAGUGCCAGGACAGCCCACACAGGAUGGCUGUCCGCCACAGGAUGGAGGGGGUGAAAAUACAAAUUCUAUAAGCUCUAAUGGAGAGGACUCAGAUGAGGCUCAAAUGAGGCUUCAGCUAAAAAGAAAACUACAAAGAAAUAGGACAUCAUUUACACAGGAACAAAUAGAGGCUCUAGAGAAAGAAUUUGAACGAACCCAUUAUCCAGAUGUGUUUGCCAGAGAAAGAUUAGCUGCCAAAAUAGAUCUACCGGAAGCCAGGAUACAGGUAUGGUUCUCCAAUAGAAGGGCGAAGUGGAGACGGGAAGAAAAGCUAAGAAACCAGAGAAGACAAGCCAGUAACACACCCAGCCACAUCCCCAUCAGUAGUAGUUUCAGUACCAGUGUCUAUCAGCCAAUCCCCCAGCCCACCACACCAGUCUCCUCGUUUACAUCAGGGUCCAUGCUGGGAAGAUCAGACACAGCCCUGACCAACACAUACAGUGCUCUGCCACCAAUGCCCAGCUUCACAAUGGGCAACAACCUACCUAUGCAAGUCUCAUUUCCCCUGGAGUGUCAGUCCCAGUACAAGUACCCGGCAGUGAACCUGACAUGUCUCAAUACUGGCCAAGAUUACAGUAAAAAUCGUCAGUAUUCUAUAGAAGAGAACCUAAAUGUGGGCACAGUAAAUGUGUCUGGUUUAACGCUGACAAUAUUUCAUCUGGGACCUUUGCACAUACAAAGCGUUAUAUCAGUUGGAACAAAUCUUCACUUUGGUAUCCAAAUGUUUAUCCAUUUGAUGUACUAUUUGUAAAUGGACAUUUCUAUGUAAAGAUAAACAGAACAACAUGGACUUUAUCAGUGGUUCUUCUGCAUUGGUCAUUAUAAUUUUUUUAAAGGAAGCCAUGAUCAAGCCAGGAAAUUAAGAGUUUUAUCAAGAUAUAUCGAGUUCUUCUACCAAUUAGUUCUCCUAUGGACUUAUAUUCCUUCCUUGGCACAGACUACAAUGUGAGGCAUUUGCCAUUUUGGUACCCCUCCUAAAAGCUGGCAUUAAUUUGCCAAAUUCAAAAAAAGGUAAAAAUGGAAAAGCCAGAGGAAAUUUGGUAGAUGAAAGGUAGAUUGUGUCUUUGAUAUAAUCCAAUUUGUUUUUAUGUCCAAAUGUAAGUUUUUUUUGUCUUCCCUAGAAAUCUCCCAGAAUGAUUUCUAAAAUAAAAUUAAUUUCAUUUAUAUUUGACAAGAA